GUGCAGUUGGGGGGCGUCAUGCAGCCUCUCUGAUCGUGCAACCCGGAGCGACCGCAAGAGAGCACCGCGACGGCCGGCGCGUCGCCAUAUGUCCUAGCGGUUACGACGCCCGCUGCUGCCGAUGUCGGGCCAGUCGUAUACUCGCCUUCCGUAAGUGGCACGCGCAUCUCCGUCGAGGCCGUUUCGCGCCGUUUUUCGAAUGCAAAAACGCAAUGUGAAAAUUUUCUAGUUCUCGUCCGGUAUUUGGAACGUGCGAAGAUUUUCCAACGGUCGUUGGAGUUUCCUCUGGGUGCUCAGUUGGAUUUGAUCAGUGUGCAGUGGUUUGUUCUUGGAUGGUUUCGCGAUAAACUGCAUAAUUCCGGUAAGACCUAUUUCGAAGAGUGCCUGCACCUCUGCAUCCCCACUUCAAAUAACAUUAAUUGAAGCCAGUCCUAGUCCCUCUUCGCAGAUAACAAACUGGAGCGUUUCAUUUUCGGAAUUUUCCGCCGACUUUAAUCAGGCUCUGUGGUCCUAAUGAGUUUUGAGUUGAUUGAUUGCUGCCAACCUUGAGACUGCAUCAUAAUCGAUUUGUAUCAAGGGGUCCACGUAGACGCCUCAUCAAGCAUUCAGCCGGAACCAGAUUCGAUUUCGACCGCAUCCACCACAACAUGAACAAUGCUUCCCCAUCCGCGACAACAUCGCAUCCUGAUAUACGACAAACGCCCCUGCAUUAAUUCGAAAAGGACCUGAAGAGCGAUUCUGAAUCAAUGGCCGCUGACAUCAAGCCCCUCAAUUUCACUGACUUCCUCAACAACAUCACCGACCCAUUGCUGGCGGACGGUGGGGCCUACCAGAGGCGAUGGCUGGACACCCUCCUCCACUACCUGAAGUCCACCGUGAUGGUAUCCAUCAUCGUUGUUUCCAUUUUCGGAAACCUCCUUAUUAUAGUCGCUGUGAUGCGGCAUAGGAAACUGAGAGUGAUAACGAAUUACUAUGUGAUAAGUUUGGCGCUGGCCGACAUGUUUAUCGCGAUGUUCGUGAUGACGUUCAACUUCAGUGUGCAGUUUUUCGAGGAGUGGAAAUUCGGGUACUUCAUGUGCGACUUUUGGAACUCCAUAGACGUUUACCUGUCCACCGUGUCCAUCCUCCAUCUUUGUUGCAUAAGCGUGGAUCGAUAUUACGCGAUAGUGAAACCGUUGAAGUACAACAUCCACAUGACGAAGAAGGUUGUGGCCAUGAUGAUAGGCGCCACCUGGACUUGUCCCUCUCUGCUCAUGGUGCCAAUUUACCAGGGGUGGUACACGACUGAGGAUAACCAAAUAUUCCGUGAAGAAAACCCAGAUACCUGCGAGUUCGUCGUCAACAAACCUUACAGUGUCAUAAGUAGUAGUAUAUCCUUCUGGAUACCCUGUGCAAUAAUGAUCUAUAUGUACUCAGCAAUAUUUAGAGAGGCUAACAGGCAAGAGAAAGAGAUGUACAACAGACACGGGACGGCUUUACUGCUCCACCAGAACAACUCCAACGGCGAUAUGAUGUCGAAUUCCUCCAAAACCCUCACACUCCACGAGAUGAACCAAGAGACCCCGACUAAAGAUAGGAACAUAAGUAAGAUGAAACGUGAACAUAAGGCUGCUCGCACCCUCGGCAUCAUAAUGGGCACCUUCAUAAUUUGCUGGCUUCCAUUUUUCGUGUGGUACGUCAGCGUCUCCCUCUGUACCAGCUGUGAUUGUCCCCAUUUCGUGGUCACCUUAGUAUUUUGGUUCGGCUACUUCAACUCCACCCUCAACCCUCUGAUUUACGCCUACUUCAACAGGGACUUCAGGGAGGCGUUCAAGAAUACCCUGCAGUGCGCCUUCUGCAGUCUUUGUCGUAGACCUCCAUCCGACCUGGAUCGUUUUGACGUAAGGAGGUAUGACGAUCGUACCAGAAGCGUUUACUCAGAAACCUACCUGAAGCAUGUAGAUAGGCGGAGGAGUUCAGAAUUCGGAUCGAGUCUCUGAGUAGACUUAACUAGCAGCAAGUUCACCACAACAAGCUUCUAAGUUUGUUGUAUGCUGCUAGUUACAAUGAACCUCUAAAUCCCACAAAUAUACUCCUCUGCUCUGCUGAAGAAUUGUGUCUCGUACGUCCUCUCAAAUUUUUUUAUGAAUUUUCCCAAUCCAGAUCAGCUAGAUACGUUGACUUGACUCAUACAACAUACUUCAACUGAAAAGAAACAAAAGAAACAAUUUUUCAGCAGAAAGAUUAAUCAGGUAGUCUACAACCCCAAGAACUCUACUAACCGUGUGUCCAAAAAUCUCUUCUUGUAAAUAUUCGAAACUAUGGUGCUAUUUUUCUGUAAAAGUGUGUAACAACUUUCUCGAAAGUGAUAGUGUGUGAUAAAUAGGAAUUUGAUAAUUAUAUUAUCACUGAAACUCCUUAGAUGAAUUAGAAUGCCAAAAAAAAAACUUAAACUUGAGUUUUGAGUUACCUAGCCUAAGAUAUUAACUAGAAUCUCGACAUGUUUUCUUUGAUAAUCAAUUCGCUGAGCAUGAAAUAUUUUUUGAGCCGCCAGAUAUUCCUUUCGUAAUAAUAGAUUGAAACUUUAUUUUUUGAAAUGAAGGAUUCAAUUUUCCUUCAACUUGACAAAUCAACCCUUCAUCUUGGGUAAUUAUAAACAUUCAUUUUUAUGUUUCCAACUGGUUCAUCCCUUUUCGAAGAAACACUGAAAUAAAUCAAUAAUUACUCCUAAAGUAGAUGAAAAACUUAUAACAUCAUAUUGUUCGUAUCAUCAUUGAACUAUAUAAAUGCAAUAUAUUGAUGGCAACUAGAUCGGAUGUAAUUCAAAAGGAAACAACUCAAUUUGAUUUCCUCAACCUCUUCAAGAAAAAUUGAUUUAUUGCCACAUGCUGAUCCUCGAAGCAUUCGAACGCGAAUAUUGUUAUAUUAAAUUGAUAGAAAAACGGAAACAUGUUUAUAUACAUACAUUUAAUCACAACAACAAAUUUAUCGUUGAAAAAAUAAUGAUCUCUAGGAAGAUUAUUGUCCUCUAAUACAAUUUUUACAAUUUCGAUAUUAUUUUUAGUAUAAAUCUGUAUAAACUCUGGCCUAGAUGAAUGUUUCAUGUGUAAACUCUUUAUAUUUUCAUCUCUAGUGUACAUUAUCCUCAAAUUCAUCCAUUUUCAAAUUGUAGCGAUAUACAAUCAUAAUUCUAGCGAGUGUGCAAUUAUGAAAUUGAGUUUGUGAGACUAGGAAAAGAUUCGACCAAUGCAUUUAUAAAUAAAUGAAUCAAUGAAGCAAUAAUAUUAUCAAAAUGAAUAUUAUAAAAUUACAGCACUGAAUACAUCGAAAUGUUUUGUUUUCUAAAUCAACUUUAAACCUACUAGAGAGGGAGUUUGAGAACGUUUAUAUUCAAUGUACCUAUGUAUAAAAAAUAUUCUGUAAGGGUAUUGAGUUUCAUUUAUGAAACAAUCAGAAUUUAUAAGAACAUAUUAGUAGGUGAAACUGGUGUGCCAUAAUCAUAAAGAGUUUUUCUGAGUAAAUAUUCAUUCACCUAAAAAUCAGAAAGCAUUAAUUUUAUUCUUCGCAAGGUUAAUUUAUGUAUGAAAAACCAAUGCAAUAUCGAAUUCGACUACUUAUCAUUUUCGUACAGGGUUUUUAUAAAUAUUUAUUGCAUUAUAGUGGCCUUCUUUUUGCUGUUCACAUAUUAGAAAAAAAAACCGAUUUUCAGUUUCCAAUCAAUUCAGCAAUUUUCAGAGAUAUGCUGAAAAUAGUAAUUUAAAUUUUUCUCAUGAGGAAUGAACAUUUUUUCAACAUAUCUCGUUUAUAAUAUAGUUUCACCAUUGAUAGAGCCUUGGAAAAAUAAUCAUCAUCAUUAGUUAUGAAAUUUACUGAAAACGGCAAAUCAGAUAAAAAAUCAAAGGCCAUCAAGUUGCAUAAAUUAUUUGUAGAAACCCUGUAAUACGGGCAUUUAAAGAAAUGAAAAGUUUCGCAGCUAGUGUUCUCAUAAUCCUCCAUGAAAAAGGAGGUAUUAUAUCAAAGAUGUUAUAAUGAAUAUCAUUAUGUAUUGUCUUCCCUCAAUGUGUCGAUGUUGAGAAUCAGGAAAUGAUUUUUGAAGCGUUGUGAAACGGAUUCAAAUAUCCAAAAAUCAUCAGAAAUGUCGAUGUUGAUUAAAUGUUACAUGUCCAUGAAAAAAAUUAUUACGUGAUAUCUGAGUUGAUUAUAAGUUCUCUUUAUCGAAAUGACAAACCAAAUAUACAAAUUAUAAUAUUAGUUUUUAGAUUAUGAAGACUUUUAUUUGUUCAUUUGUUAUCAUUGUGUUAUGGUUGAAAAAUAAUUGUGUGACUGA